AUGACGGGACAGAGAACGAUGAAGUCGAAUUCAUCAGCAAAAACGUCAAACUUGACGCCUAUGCUUGACAAUGAGUCUGAUGACGAUGUUCUGGUCGACUAUACUCAAGAUCUCGCCCUCCGGUCCAGGAAAACCAGCCGUCUGAAGCGGAAGCUGGAUCGCAAGGCCAAGAAAGAAGCCACGAAGCCUCAGCUACUAUCCCUCACUCCGGAGCUCCUCCUUGAUAUUCUCUCACAGCUCAAGCCAGCAGACAUCAUCCGGUUUCAACAAAUAUGCAAGUUCUCACAAGCAUUCGUCCGCCAUCAUGAAACCUCACUCGUCAAGGCGGUCAUUUCUCGCCGAUACUCUGUUCUUUCUCGGUGUUUCCCUCGGCCGAUUCAUCUCAAAGAUGUUGAUCCAUUAUAUCACCCUGCCCUUCUUCACCAACGCCGCCAAAAACUUCUCUCGAUCCAUCGUAAGCCAUAUUCGCACGUUGCACAUCAUGAUCCAGCCCUACUAUGUUCCUGUCUUACUUGCAUCAUGGCCUGGAACAAUUUGUGUCUGAUCGUCGACUUGGCCCACUGGACGACAACAGCUCUAUCUAAACGCCAGCCUAUCCCCAUGAUCCCUCGAGGCGAGAAUCCUCCAUGGAACGUGGAGCUGGUCGAAGACCAUGCGGCCGUGGUCCGUAGAGCUCUUGCGUCGCCUUUAUGGUAUGCCUUGAUCCUCCAGCGCCACCUGCAGACAACCAUUUUUGGCAUCCGGCGGUAUGCAAAUAAAGGAGAGGUACCUGACUUUGAGCUUGAUGACGAGGAUGUCUCUCGGGAAACGGAUGAAUUUUGCGCUCGGUCCGGAAGUCCAAGUUACGAGUUCCCGAUAACGCGGGACACGUAUUACGGACUAAAGACUUAUCUACCUAACCGCCUUUGGGAUGCAAAUGAGGGCUAUUGGAAGUACCAGCCAUCAGAUCAGCAUUUCAGAGAUCUGAAAUGGGUUCAAGACAUGGCAGACAAGGAGAAAGAGAAAAUAGCUCAAGGUCCUAGAGAUGUUGGAGACAAGGGAAAAGUUGCCGGCGAAUGA